UCAUUAGAUUGCAUCCUCCGCAGUGGGAAUUCACUAUUGCGUGCGCAGUUUUGGCUGAUCUGUCAGUACUUCCGUGCAAUAAUAUGAUGGUUAUUGCGUAUUGAACAGUGUCAAUAUGUCUUCGGAGGAUAAAAGAGGACCUCCCCCUUCUUACGAUGAAGUAACCAAUCCUAGUUCCCAGCCUCUCUUUACACCUGAGAACCAGUACAGCCAUUAUCAGCCACCAGGUGGCACUACAGGACAGUAUCCCGGUUAUCAAUAUCCUCCAAAGAGUAGUUCUCCUGGUCCCUAUCCUUACCAACACGUACCGGGUGCUCCACAAGGAUUUACUCACAAUGUGGUGGUCAGUCAGCCUGGUUCUGCUACCACGAUGAUAUCACGGCUCAUGAGACAGGAUUGGACACUGCCUGCCAUUCUUUCUUGUUUAUGCUGUUUUUGGCCAACAGGAAUUUUUGCCAUUUUUGCAGCUUGCAAGGCAAACGCUGCAGCUGCUGAGGGAGAUGAAGUAGAAGCACAAGCGCAGUCGAGACUCGCACGUAGCCUUGUCGUCACUUCCGUUGUAAUUGGAAUUUUCAUCAUGAUACUUUCUGCAAUUUUGCGAACAGUUGUGUAUUCGAAUCACUACCGCCAUUGAAACGUAUUUGGAUAUUUAUUCAUUGAAGACAUCUUCCCCAAGCAUACUACAGAAUAAGAUAUCUUUAGAAAAAGAAUUCUAUGACAGCUAGAUAGUAAAGUGAAUUAAAGCUGAACAUACAUCUAAAAUAUUAAACGAAUAUCUUAAAUGUAAUAUAACUUAUGCCUAUUUACAUUUUCGAGUCUUGUGUAGCUUUAAUGUGGUUUUAUAUUUAGAAAUUUGAUUUUGUGUUUCAACAUAUCAAGAUGCAUAUACUAUCAUGUGUCUGUGUAAAAUAUUUACACGAAAAUAACUUAAGGAAAUGUUACAACACAAAUUUUCUACAUGUACGUUAUUUCAUUAUUGCUGUUAUUAAUUUUUAUACCAUAUUUAUAUGUUCACCCUAUUGAUUCAGGUAAUUGAUCGCUUUUGUAACCGAAGACACUAUGCACUGCUAGAUUAUGUGUAUAAAGAUUGUUCUCCUUGAAAACUAACUGUUCAAUAUUUUUUUUACCUUGCUGACCCAGAGACAAACUGAUAAUACAGAAGAUUUUUAUAUAACUGAUGAAAAAUCAUGAUUUACAUGAAUGCAAUAACACGAGUAAUUCGAAAUCCUUAAAAAUUAUGUUUCAUUUCUUUCCCUGUCUAUAUUCGAUUUUAAUUUUGAUAUCCUUUGUCUAGUUUUUUGAGUUCAAUAUUGAGAUAUUUUAUCAUGUUACGUGUAUACCUAAUUACAUGUGAUGAAAACAUUUUUUUCAGGAUUUUUCAAAUUUCAAAAAACCAACAUAUAAUUGAUGCCAAGAGCUAAAUGCACUAGAAACCCGCAAUUUCUGUUUUGCAUCUUUUGUCAGUGCAUGCCUCCAAAUCAUCACAUCUAAAAAAGUAUUUGCCGGGUGGAUUUACUUGAAAAACUUGUUGACGUUAUAUUGCCAAACUGCACUAUUUUGCCAUGGAGACGAUACCAGGCCAUAUAAAUUUAUUAAGAUUAAUAGUGUUUUUUUUCUAAAUUGACAAAAUUGAUUGAAUUGAUCAUAUCAUCCAUGAUUUCUUUAAAAUAUAUAGUGAAUAAAAUAUGAUUGACUCAUUGAGAAUUAUUAUUUAAAUUUGUAAAUGCAUUUAGUGAAAAUCUGUUCCUGUUGACAAGGGUAGGAAUUCAAAAUAGUUUGUAGAUAUGUAUAAAACACCCAUUCGUGGAUCUUGAUGUUCUUUUGAAGUAUUUAGAAGGCUUCUACAGAAUUCGAUGAACCCAUUCUCUUUCUACACUUUAAAAAUAUUAUCGUCCGUCUAAUUUUUUUCGUUUGUUUUUUCAAUCUAUUGAUUCUUGUUAUUCCAUUAGACAAAGGAAACAUUUAUGAUCAGACCUAGGCACAGAGUGAUCAGGUACUGGUAAUAUUGGUCUCUGCAAACGUAUCAAAUCAGGCAAUCAAAAAUUUCUAAUUUUAGCCACUCCUGCGCGUGUAUGAUUUUAAAAUAUUACAUUUAGCAAUUAUAAAAACCAAAUCGUCAUAAGAUCAC